CUCCCCCAGUUCCCCAGUGGCACCAACGCCAGGCAACACCGCGCUUAAGAUGUUGUGAAUGAGGGGAUAGCAUGACGUCAUCGGCCGAAUGUCAACAAUGUAGCGACUGAGGGGAGGCGUUCCAGUCGAAUGUAACAAACGUCGGAGACGAAGCGUUACGUCGCGCUGGAUCACUACGCAAACAUAAAGCACGCGCGCGCACACGUAGAAGAACGGAUAGUAAAAUCUCGGACGUUGUGUUUUUGCAAGAGAGAAAUAGCCAAGUCACAUCUCGGAAGAUUAGUGACCUAUAUGCAGCAAGGAGACGUUGAGGGAACGAUAAAGCAAGUCAUCAUGUGAAAGAAUUUACGUGGGACAGUGACGAAAGGGCUGGAAUACGAACAGAAUAGAAAGCAAAAGGGAGUGAGCGGAAUGUCCGUGGAUGAGAAGCCUGAAGCCCCCAUGUAUGUGUAUGAGUCAACUGUACAUUGUACCAAUAUCCUCCUCUGCCUCAACGACCAGCGGAAGCAGGAUAUCCUGUGCGAUGUGACUGUCCUGGUGGAGGGCAAGGAGUUCCGUGGCCACCGGGCUGUGCUGGCUGCCUGCAGCGAAUAUUUCCUUCAGGCAUUGGUGGGUCAAGUGGAGAAUGGCUUGGUUGUUAGCCUUCCAGAAGAGGUCACUGCCAGGGGAUUUGCCCCAUUGAUGCAGUUUGCCUACACCGCUAAGCUGUUACUCAACAGGGAAAACAUCAAUGAGGUCAUCCACUGUGCCAAAUUCCUACGCAUGCACAACCUUGAGGAUUCCUGUUUUCGCUUUCUGGAAGCUCAACUGCGCAGUGAGGAGGACAGCUUGCUGCCCUGCCACAAGGUGGCUGCAGAGCCAAACAAUUUCGAUGAUGAGAGUAUGCAGUCAGAAGUGGAAAGACCUCUCUCUCCCAGGGUACUGCGGUGUGCUGAUGCCCUCACCUCCUUUAGAAGGCCUGAUGAGGAUCGGCUUGCAAUGGCUGUGUGUAGUAACUUCUCAGAUAGCAGACUGGACUUUGAUCGUCAUGGAGCGUCAGACCUGCCAAGAUGCCCCAAGUACAGGAAAUACCAGUGGGCUUGCAACAAGCACAAUAAUGACACCUUCUCAAACACCAAUACCUCAGGUUUUCCAAGCACAUUAAAGGAGAGCAAUAAAAGCAGGGCAGUGAUUGGUAAGGGCAAGCUGGCUGUGGCACAGAUCAAAGCUGAACCCCAGGCAGAGGAAGAGGUUAUUUCAUUGUGCCUGUCAGGGGAAGAGCAGGACAGUGUGACAGCCAUGGAAAUGGAUACUCCAAUAUCUAUGGAAAGAAAUGAGAGAUCCAGGUCUCCUUCCUGCCUCCGAGCCUUCUUCAAGAAAGGGGUGGCCCUCUCCAGUCUGCCCAAUACAUCACAGCAAUUAUUUCCCAAUAGACUGGCUGGCCCCCAGGACAAAGGUAACUCUCAGGGAGAUCUUAAAAAGGAUUUGAUUCUGUCUGUUACAUCCCCAAAGGACGUGGACAGUUUCCCUGCAGAUUUGUCGCUCAAGUCAACUUCCUGUGAUGGGGUCUGGAAACAGGAAGCGGAACUAGAUCGCCGUAGUGUCAUAUUUUCUUUAGGGGCUUGCAACCGUAUGGGGACCCCAGCGCAUUCCUAUCCUGGCGGAAACAAUUUAGAGAUAGAGCUCUCUGAACACAUGCCAAAGGGCCUGUGGACUGGAGCAAGCCAGUCCCUCCCCACCUCCCAAACCUAUUCUCCUAGUAUGACCUCCACUGAGCCCCCAUUCCUGUGCCGCCCACGACCCAACACCAGCUGUCCAGUGCCAAUUAAAGUUUCCCCACGGUCACCACCUUGUGAAACACGCACCAGGACUUCCAGUUCCUGCUCCUCAUACUCUUAUGCUGAGGAUGGCAGUGGUGGCUCUCCUUGUAGCUUGCCACAGUUUGAGUUUUCUUCUUCACCGUGCUCCAAUGUGGCACGGUGCCUCAAUGUAGACCAGCAGGAGCAAAGUGUGGAGGGUGAUGGGCUUUUUAACCAAGUGCUGCCCAAGAUCAAAUGUGAGCAGUCAUACGCCACCAAUUCUAGUGAUGAGUCAGGCUCCUUUUCAGAGGGAGACAGUGAGUCCUGCCAUAUACAGGAGCAGGAGCCAGAGGUAAAGCUCCCUUUCCCUGUAGAUCAAAUCACAAAUCUUCCACGGAACGAUUUCCAAAUGUUAGUGAAAAUGCACAAAUUGACUUCAGAGCAGCUCGAGUUCAUCCAUGAUGUAAGGCGACGGAGUAAGAACCGAAUUGCAGCUCAGCGCUGCCGUAAAAGGAAGCUCGACUGCAUCCUGAAUCUGGAGUGUGAAAUCAGAAAACUGGUGUGUGAGAAGGAGAAGUUACUGACAGAGAGGAACCAACUGAAGGCAUGUAUGGGCGAGCUGUGGGAGAACUUCUCCUGCCUGUCCCAAGAAGUGUGCAGGGACGUCCAGCUGAGCCCAGAGCAGGUACAGUCUUUACAUCACUACUGCCCGGUGCUUCGCCCUGCCAACUCCACUACCAUCAACAGUGCCACCAGUGAGCCCAAGCCUGCCCACAAUACCACCACCAGCAUUGACCUCACUAUCCACUCUGGCUCAGCCACGCCAGAGCCUUGCUAUGUGUCACCGGGCCCCUCGGAGAGUGACCCAGACUCAGCUGUUAGAAACGGUGCAGACAAAGAUAUGGACAGCUUAUACACAGAGUCAGAGCUGUCUAAUGAAACAUCUAACCAGGCAGUAACAGUCGAUUUCUGCCAGGAAAUGACUGACAAAUGUACAACUGACGAGCAGCCAAGGAAGGACUCUAAGUAGUGGGAAUUCUCAAUGUGCAGUUUUUUUAUCAUUGUCAUCAUUAUCUGUUUAGAGAAUCUCGCUCUCUGGAUAGUUGUCAGCUUCUGACAAAAAACUUUCUUUGUAUUUAUAUCUUUUUGUACUGUCUUUUUUUUGUUUAUGAACGGUUGACACUAAAGUUGUCUUAACAGCAGCAAUACUGUUCUCCAGCUAUUUCCUCUUAUUAUGACAGAGUGGGAACUUCUCACCAAACCAUUACAAUGGUGCUACAAUUGCCCUGGCAGCAACUUUUUCAUGUAUCACUUGACCCCUCAAGUUAAACCUCAAUGGACCUAAACAGCAACUCUUGUUGUCUUCUGUGUAUUAACAGCAUUUAUGUUUCUGCCUUUCUUAUUCACAUUGAUUCUGCUCUUUACCAAGUAUGUUUUUAUAAGUAUUCUCUACCUCUUUCUGUCUAACUUUCUCUCCCUCACUCUCUGUCUUUUCUCAUUAUAUCUUAGUGGCCCUUUUUGUCACAGCAAUUCAAACUCAGGUAAAAUUCUCUGAAUGUUUAACCCAAUUCAUGGAAAUGAGAACUCAGCUUGUACAUGAGAAAGUUACAAUGCAGUUAGAGUGUAAAAUGUCAAUAUGCAAAAAUGUCUUUAAAUAUCUCACAUUUGUAUUUCUGUACAGGACAACUUUGUACAGUUUGUAACCGAGAACAUUCCUCCUUUGCCUUCCGCACCAAUGAAAUGAAAGGAUUUUGCAGACAGUUAUAUGAUGAUUUCUUGCCCACUCAUCAGCAAUACCAUUGUAUCUGGAUGUUGUAAUGGUGAUUUUGAUUUUCAAGUUCUUGUCUGGCAGAAGUGUAUAUAGUGUGAAGCAUGAAUGGAGCAUGAUGAUUCUAUUGGUGACUUUGUACAGAUAGAGACUUCAAUGUUUCUUUUUUACUGGGCUUGCUGUUUCCUGUCCUGCCUAAUGAAUGUUCCCCAUUAUGGCGGGUGUUCUUAAACUCAGGAAAUUAGGUUAUACAGAUGUACACACACAUGCAAAAUUAUAUGUACAUAUACAUCAACAGAUAUGCUCACAAUUUUGUCAAAGUUAGUCAUUCAGCACAUCUGGAACCAGUAACCCCUCACCACCUUUGGCUUAAAUGUGAAAAAAAAGAUCCUUGCCUUGUAUCUUUGAUUAAAUCUCAUUUGUUAUCAGUAUUUAUAGAUGUUAUUUGUGUACACUAUUGUAAACACACUUUUAUUUGAGUGAUUUUUCAGCAACAACUAAAUCUGACAAGUUUGUCAUACUGAUCCAACCUUAAAGUAAAAUGAUAUAAAACGAAUUUAACUACUACUGUAAUCAGGUACUUUAAGUACACAGUCUUUCAGAACCAUAAAGCACUUCCAUUAGGGUAUAGGGUGAAAAUAGAGCACUUACAUUGGCACUUCGAGACUUAACUUCUAGUUUGAAGUUUUAUUGAAUUUUUCAUUUAAAGAGAAAGUAUCUGAAACCUAGAUACAAACAGAAGCCAGUGUUUUAGCAUACAACACUCUUCUAUUUGUAUUUCUUUGUAGAACUUAAAUGAGCUAAUUCUAAAUUUAUUUGAUUUAAAAGUUUUGUAUUUGUCGAUAGAAUUACUGAGUAACAUUGAUAUAAAAUUAUAAUAUUUAAUUGUGGAUUUGUUUGAACAUCCAUCUUUGUUGUGAGCAUGCAUGCUGCCUGUAGCUACAGUAUAAACCUAGUUUGUCCAGCUUCUGUUUACCUCUGACAGCAGCAGUCUAAUUGCUCACUUUGUGGGGCUGAAUGCUUUAAAGAACAAGUGGGAUCAUGUUCUUGUGCUACUGUAGAAUCUAAUUGAACUGCAAAGCUUUAGUUAUUGCUCUCUAAAUAAUUAUUAAUUGUCCCUCAGUUUACUAUCCAGACUCUAAGCUAUUGAUAUGUAUGUUCCCCCUUACCUGACCUGUAUUUAGGUGUAUUUACUGGCAUAGUCAUGAAAACAGUGUUUGGUUACAGUUUAGCAAGGUCACUUAUUAAAUACCUAUUAUAAAUACCUUUGUGUGGCCAAAUAUGUCUGGGACUGGAUAAACAAUUUGCAAGUUUUCUCAGAGCUUUAAUGUGUUACAUUUCUCUUUAUUAGCUAUAUGGAGUAACUUGGAGUGUAUUUUAUUAGUAAUUUUUUAAAAUUACAUCAAAUAUUGCAUCAACCUGCACUUGCAAGAACAUGACACAUAUAUUACUAAACACAAAAGCAAGACAUUUGUUGUGGCAUAGCCUGAAUGCAAGGCAGUAGUGAUUCUUUAUUUGGCUCAUGUGGUUUCUAAGAUUUAUUCUGCCUUUUUACUGUGCUUUGUUUCACAUUUGUACGUAUAUUUACUGAAACAUAACAGUAUUUACUUGUGGAAAUUCUACCAGGCUGAUGCCAGAAUAAUCUGUGACAGAAGCUUGUUUUCUAGAAAAAUAUGCAAGACUUUGUUUUUGUAAUCUUUCCCUAUAAGAUCUUAUAUGUAGAAAACCAUUCAAGAUAAAAUAUUUUACUUCAUGUUUGAUUUGUCUGGAGAUAAAAUUGUGAAUCUUGAGUCGUAACUGUUGUAACAAUGAAUUCAUAAUUUUACAUAAUUUUAGUUAGUUAAUUGUAGUUUCUGUAAUAUCCACUCUACUAUGCACGUUUGGGGCCACUAAAGAAUGUUCUUGUUUUCCAGACACAUUUUUCCUAAUGUUAACAUAAUUGAAAAAAAAAACUAUUUUUUUGUAAUCGAUUCGUUUUUUAUGUAUGUCAACAAAUUUGUUUUAGCAAACACAAGGUACCACUGGAACUAAACAAUUGUUGAUGAUUGGCCACUGUAUGUUUAUAUAGAUUUUAAAAUUAAUAAGCCACCAUUUUUUAGCUAAAGUUGUCAAUAAUAUCAACAAUAUCUACACUGUAUUUCUAAACAAUUUGAUGUUGAAAAUCAAUUUCUCUUGUCUUUUCUUUGUUUCUAAAGCUGUUUACACAAACUCCAGACAGUAUUGGCCUACCAAUCAGGUUGCUGUGCUUUCACACAAAGGAGUCAGACAUGGGAAGAAACACCACUUAAUUUUUGCCAGAGUUGGAUCCCAUGUAGAAUGUGUGGGAGGCAUAACAUGACACAAGACAGUAGAGAUCACACAUUACCCAGGCUUUUUACGACAGUGUAUUCUAUCUAGAAGUUCAUUCAUAACUGAAUAUCUGAAUAAAUGCAAUGGUAGGUUAAACCAUUGCAUUUAUAUAGCUUAUACAGUCUGAAUAUUGUUAGACAAUUUAUUAAAUUCUAUUUAAAAAUUAUACCCGGUCUACUACACUGCUAAUCUGUAUAGGUUUGUUAGGUGGAAAAGGGUAUAACUAAGUAAGACAUGUAAUAUUCACUACUCCUAAGACCUCUUAACCCAAUCUAACUUGUUAACUGUUCUGGUGAAUGUGUAAAGUUGGGUUGGAUUUUCACCUCUGUGAGGAAGCAUGAUCAAUUUCUAGACUGAUGAGUAGACUUUAUUAUUUGUUACACCAAUGCAAAAAUUAAGAGAUGAUAUAAGAUAUGAGAUUUUUGCCUCCUGACUUGUUGCAUGUAUCGGUCUCAUUUUCUUCAGAAGAUAUUCCCCAGUGUCAUUUGGUUUCGGUGGGCAUUUGAUUGAAUUAUUAGCAAUAUCAAAAUGUAAUGGAAAAAGUAGAUAGUUUUGGUAUAUUCAAUGAAGACCUAAAAAAUUAAACAUCCAAGAAUUUUUAUAUUUCUGGGUAUUAUUGUUGCUAAUGAACAGACAAUCUUCUAACAUUGGGAAAAAAAACGAAACUAGUAGGAAUAUUUGUAUUUGUUUUGUUGUCCUACAAUACACGCUUUUGCUUCCAAUAUAAAGAAUGUGAGUCUAUUCCUCUUUUAAGCUUUGUUUUGAUCUUCACCAAUAACUAAUUAGUGUUCACAAUGUUUACCAGCAUAUAGCUUACCUUGUGUUUUGUUUAGUGCUGGGAAUGUAGCCUUGAGGGAUUUUAUCCAAACCCUUCACAUCCUGACUGACUGACUUGAAAAAGCUCUGCAGAACAAUCAAUGUAGAGUUGAUCAUUUUCUGCUGGAAGUCUCUCAGUAUUCAUAAUUUUGUCUGUCUGUCUGUCUGUCUGUCUGUCUGUCUGUCUGUCUGUCUGUCUGUCUCUCUAUCUAUCUAUCUAUCUAUCUAUCUAUCUAUCUAUCUAUCUAUCUAUCUAUCUAUCUAUCUAUCUAUCUAUCUAUCUAUCUAUCUAUCUAUCUAUCUAUCUAUCGGGUUACAUAUUGGUCUAAAUAGUCUAAAGUCUAAAUAUAUAUAUUUUUUAAUGAAUUUCAUUAAGAGGAAUCCUCCUGGUUGUGCAUGGCAGAUACAUUUUGUUUAUGGUUAUAACAAAUGUAUUGUUACAUUAUUGUUAGUUGAGUUCAACAGUUAUGUUGUUGCUGUAGCUAUAUAAUUUAAUGUUAGUACCUUAUUGCUGUGCAUUUGUCCUGUUCAGUUCAACUUUUUCUGUUGCUGCUUCUUUUAAACAAACACUGGCUUUGUAACUCCAAAGGUUGUUCUAUAAAAAGAAUAUGAAUUAAACAUGCCUUCUUCACAGAAUGCUCAACUUUAUUGAGAUAAAAUAUCAGUUGUCCUGGUUCCACAGGUUGUGAUCACUGAGUAAAAUUUAAAAUGAAAAAUGUUUACAAACAGCUGUCAUAUACAGUAUGAUCCGUUUUUCCAUGUAAAAAUGUUCAGUUUAAUUGGACUUGUCAUUGUGUAAGGAGACAAAGGAAUAUGUUUAUUUACUUGGUCUUUAAUGAAAAGCUGGGAUACAUUAACGUCACAUGGGUAAAAGUGCACCUCCAAUUUGCCUUAGAACCUGUAGAGGCCAUAGUUCACAUUUAAGUGAAAUGAGUGUAUGCAGGGGCCUCUGCCCCAUUAUUGUGUCACCAGUGCGGACAUUCUCACACUUAUCUACCUGUGAAAUCCUUCAUACCUCUCAAAACUGGUCAAUGACUGUAUCAGCAAACUGCAUCAGGUGUUUUUUCUACAUGCUUUUUACAGAGAUUAUAUGGAUUGUUGUAUUGAUAUUUUGUGUAUAUUUUUAAUGUGAUAGCUCUUAAACUUGUAGUUAAAGUUGGUUUUUUUGUUAAUGUUGCAAAAGACUUUUUUGUGUUAAUACUGUUAAUUCAAAAUAGCUGUUAUUCUCUUCUUCUUACCUUUUUAAUUUUAAAUGCUGAACCUAAUUAAUGGCAAGAACAUAAUAAUCAUUGUAAAUAUGGUAUUGUGCAAACCAUUUUUCAUUACUUUCAAUUGCUAGUGUUAUAUAAAUUACUUUAUUGUUAAGACACAAUUUCCUCAUGAAAUAAAGAAAUGUGCAUAUCACA